AUGCUAAGUCUGAUUCUACAAGAAAACUCGUUCCAAUUCAAUGGAAAAGAUUACCUCCAAACUCACGGAACAGCCAUGGGGACGAAAAUGGCCGUAGCUUUUGCUAACAUAUUUAUGGCCAAAAUAGAAAAAGAAAUACUCAGACAAAGCACCACAAAACCAAUUUUUUGGAAAAGAUUCAUGGAUGACGUCAUAUCUAUGUGGAACACAAGCAGAAACAAAAUAGAGGAUUUCCUUGUAAAGGCAAACAGUUUUCGCCCAACGAUCAAAUUCAGGGCUGAAAUCUCAGAAACAGAAAUCACAUUCUUAGACACAAAAAUGUACAAAGGUGACAGAUUCAAUAAGGAAUCUAUUCUUGCCGUACGAAUGCAUUUCAAAGCUACAGAAACCUUUCAAUACACGAAUUUCUAUUCGUGUCACCCACCAGGCGUCACGAAAGACUUUAUAAAAGGAGAAGCGUUAAGGCUUCUGAGAACAAACUCCUCUCAAUUUACUUUUAAGGAAAACAUGAGUAAUUUCAAAACAUGCCUACAGAAUAGGUAUUACCCAGCUAGAAUUGUAGAAAAACACCUUUCAGAGAUUAAAUUCUCUGAUAGAGAAAUGUCGUUAGGGCAGAAAAACAAAGCCGCACCUAAGAAAAUACUGCCCUUUGUAACACAAUACCAUCCAGCGUUCACUAACCUAAAGGACACACUCAUGGGGAAAUGGCACCUUAUAGAAAAUCAACCGCAACUGAGAGAAAUCUUUAAGGAGCCCCCAUCAUCUCAUAUCGUAAGGGAAAAUCCCUAA